AUGUCAGUCGUCUGCCAUCGCCGCCGACUGCAGCUGCGUGCGCCGCGACAUGCCCCGCAGCCCGAGCACGACGGCGGGGUUGCAUGUGCAGAGGAGCUAUUCGCGCCUGCCCUAGACAAUCCGCAGCACCCGCCAAAACAGCAGCAGCAGCAGCAGCAGCUUCCGCAGCACCUGCUAGAGGACCAGGCCGCCCCGCCUCCAAGGGCGGGCCAAACACCGCCUCACCAGCAGCUCGAGCCCCUCACCUGCGCCGCCGAGCUGCUCGACCGCCUCCCCGCCGGCACCCUUCAGCGGCUGCAGCAGCUGCCGGCCGGCUUCCGCCCUUGCGACCUCGUUCGGGAGCUGCAGGCGGCGCUGGGGCCCUCCCUCAAAGUGGUGCAGGCGCGGCCCCCGCCGCUGAGGCCUCGGCGGCGGCCGCGGCAGCAGCAGCCGCACCCGGACGAGCAGCCGCAGGCGCGCGCGUGGCAGGUGCCGCUGCUUUCACGCCAAGCACCACCCUGGUGUUUUCAUGCGGUUGCGCGCGGCGCAGAUGCGGCCGCAGCCUCUGACGAGUCGCCGCUCCCGCCAUUGCCGCUGCUCCUGAUGCCGCUAGAGGCGCAGUCAGUGUCUGGCGCCAGCAGUCAUAGGGGCGUGGCGCUGGAGUUUCACCUGACCCUCUUGCAGCAGCUUGACGGCCUGGGCUGGGGCUCGGUGGUCGCCCUGAGCCAGGACUUGCGGCGCCUGGCUCUGCAAAUCGAGGACACGGCAGGCCGCCCCCAUCUGCUGCGCGUGCAGCUGCCCGGCAGCUUCCCGGCCUCGGCGCCCUCCGCUUGGAUGGACCUGCCGGAGCCCUUUGGGUUUUCGUGGGGCCCCGGCAGCAGCACACUGGUGGCGGUGGCGCGGCAUGCGCGACAGGCCCUCGCCCGCUACCAAGACCUGUGGGCUGUCCUUGAGCAGCUGGAGGGCAGCUGCCGCGUCCUGGACCCCCCAGAGGCCCGCAACCGCGCGCAGCAGCAGCUGAGCGAUUGGAUCGACGGCGGCGGCGGCGGCGAAGCGGGCGGCGAGGCGGGUUCUGCGUCCCCAUGCGCGGGGCCCGCGGGCUGGUUCGGCCGCUGCAGCCGCCGGCUCUCGCUGCCGCGCGGGGCAGGUUGCCUCGAGCUCGCCUUCUCCCCAGCCGCCCCCCGCGCCCUCCCCUCCGCCACCUUUUCCGGCGGCGGCGCCGCGGCGGCGGAGCUGCAGCGGCGCUGGUGCGCGGGCGCGGCGGCGGGGUGGACGCAGGGCGCGGCGCCGGGGGACAAUUUGGCGGCGGUGCUGCAGCUUGAGCUGCCGGCGCCCGGGAGGCAGCAGCUGGCCUGGCUAGAGGACCUGCGGCGGCCGAUCUCAUUGGCUUCGCAUGCAGAGGCAGCCGCGCGGCAAGGCGGCGGCGGCGGCGGUGGUGAUGGCGCCACGGGGGCGGCCGCGCAUGGCCAUGCGGAUUCGCGGAUGGGGCCGCCCGGCGAUGAGGGGAUGCGUGACGGCGACGGCAGCGCCAGCGACGCCAGCAGCAGCAGCAGCAGCGGGGACGAGGAGGAAGACGCCGGCGCCUGCGGCAUCUGCUACGCGGUGCUGCUGCAAGAUCCCUCCGCGCCUGCGGACCAGCCGGGCGACGUGCCGGACGCGAGCUGCGACGCGGUCGAGGGCUGCGCGCGCCCCUUCCACGCGCGCUGCCUGGCGGAGUGGCUGCGCGGCCUGCCCAACAGCCGGCGCUGCUUCUCGACGCUCUUUGGGGCCUGCCCCUACUGCUCUGCACCGGUGGCCGUGAGGACGUGA